ACAAAGAUUAACGGUUUGAGCACGUACAGUACGAGGUCAGGACGCGCUGACAUAAGUUGAUUCAGUUACUCAGAAGUCAAACAAUGUCAUGAAAUGGGACAGUAAAAAUAUUCCAUCUAGUCGGAGGAUGUAAAACAUGUUUGAUAUUUUAAGAGCUGAUUAUAGAGGAAAUCUCAUACUGUAUGGUGCUCCAUGACUCUGAAGUAAUACAGUGAGCAGCCAAAGAAAAUCGACACAGCGAGGUAGGGGCAGGGCCAUAAGGGUGGCAAAUCCUAAAAAUGAGCUUUGCCACCCCAACUUGGACCCCGCUCGCGUUCUGGAGAUGGUGUGCAUCGGAUUAACCCAUCCAUGUUGCGCAUGGUCCAUAACAAUAUUCCACCUGUUCCGCCUCAAUAGACAAACUAACCCACUUCUGUCACCUCUUACAGUCACCUAGCAACAUCUUAGUAACCACCCAGAACAUCAUAGCAACUGCAUUGGAAUACCUUGACUCCAAAUUUUUGUAUGUGCAAGGACCACGCAUAUUUUGUAAAUGUACCUAGUUAUUAUUUUUUUAUUCUGUUUGGUGCUUCUAGUGGUGCAGAAAUUAAACACACCAUAUAUAUAUUCUUUUUCAGAAACAAAUAGUAUCUCCAUGGAAGUUUAACAGUAGUGAUGUCUUGCCUCUAUAUAAAGUUACUUCAGGCAAAUCAUUCUAAUAUGCACACUGCACUUCAUCAGGGUUGUGUAAAGUUCACUGCAAGCUCAUAUGCAGGAUUUGCAGUUCAGUCUUUUUCUUCUCUCCUGCUGUGAUCAAAUAGAACUCAGAGUGGUGCGUACAAUCUUCAUUCCAGGCAGUCCGUGAGGGUGAAAACAUAUGAAGAUAAUCAGCUGAGCUUAAGCCCACCGCUCGCCCACCUCACCCAAGUGUCAUCCAUCACAUACACAAUGUGAAACCAGCAGUAAUCACAUCAGGGUGAUGUAUAGUCAGAGAGGUUACAGACAGGUUAUCAAUGAUCAGAGGAAUUCAGGGCAGGAUCACACAUGAAAGAAACUUGGAUGUCUGCAGAGAUUCCAGACUCAUGGGGUUCUCCGUGCACCGAGCAGACAGAGUGAAAGACCUCUCAGGUAAAAGCAGAGGUGGUGGUGUAUGUUUUAUGAUCAACAAAUGCUGGUGUGAUCAGAGGAAUGUACAUUCUAUCAAGUCUUUCUGCUCUCCUGAUCUGGAGUUUCUCAUGCUUCUGUGUCGACCAUUCUGGCUACCGAGGGAAUUCACAGCGGUCAUUACCAGAGCUGUAUACAUCCUGCUACAAGCUGACACAGACUGGGCACUCAAGGAACUGUAUGGGAGUAUAAGUGAGCAGGAAACCACGCACCCUGAGGCUGUGUUCAUUGUGACCAGGAACUUUAACAAAGCCAACUUCAAGUCAAUAGCACUGAAAUACUACCAACACAUCAGUUUCAACACACGAGGGGACCGGGUUUUGGACCAUUGCUACUCUCCCUACCGGGAUGGCUACAAAUCCCUCCCCCGCCCACCAUUUGGCAAAUCGGACCACUCUUCCAUUCUGCUUCUGCCCGCUUACAGGCAGAAACUGAAACAGGAAGCACCUGCCCUCAGAACAAUCCAGUGCUGGUCUGACCAAUCGGAUUCUAUGCUACUGGACUGUUUUGAUCACGCGGACUUGGAAAUGUUCUGGUCCGCCUCUGAUGACGACAUCGAGGUCUACACUGAUACCAUAACGUGUUUCAUCAGGAAGUGCAUAGAUGAUGUAGUGCCAACCAAAACAAUCCAGAUCUACCCUAACCAGAAACCAUGGAUUAAUAGCAAUGUUCGUGCGGCUCUUAAUGCGCGGACCUCCGCUUUUAAUUCCAGGAAUGCAGAGGAGAAUAAACAAGCCAGUUAUGCCCUCCGCAAAACUAUCAGAGCAGCCAAACACCAGUACAGGGACAAGAUUGAAGGACAGUUCAACAUCACCGACUCUAGAAGCAUGUGGCAUGGAAUUAAUAUCAUCACAGACUUCAAAGGGAAUAAAAACUCCGCUGUGAACUUAAUACAUUUUAUGCUCGAAUCAGGGAAAAUAACACCUCCCUCGUGGAGAGAGCUCUCAAGGCCGAAGCUACAGAGGUUAGUUCACUCUCCGUCUCUGUAG